AUGGGUAGAAGAGAUAGGUCACAUUCUUCACACAGGAACCGGUCGAGAAGUACUCGAAGGGAAAGGAGCAGAAGCCAUAGAAAAAGCGAUAGAACACAUUCUUCUCGAAGAAGAGAUAGAUCGAGAAGCGAAGAAAGAGAUAGAAAAAGAAGAUCGCAUAAACAUCGCAGAAGUUAUUCAUCAUCAAGUUCAUCUCCAGAGCCAAAAAGAAGUAAAAAAGAGGAAAAGGAGUAUGAAAAACCAGUGAUAGUUGAAGAAACAAAGCAGCCAGAUGCUGCAAAGAAGGAAAAUAAGACGGAAAUGGACCAAAAGAAGCUUGACAGACUGAACAGAUUUAAAAAACUGGCAGAGAGUAGAAACAAAGCAACUAACGAUCAAAAGAAGACAGUGACAAUAAAGAUAGCAGCUGAAAUAAACCAGAAGCAAGAAAAGAAGAUACUUUCAGCCUUUCAAGGGAUUAAUGAACCAGCUUACGAGGAGAAGACGAUAGUGGAGGAGUUUGAGGAUGGAAUAGACCCCCUGGACCAUUUUAUGUCGAAUCUGGAGUUAGAGGACGAUAUCGUGUACGAUCAGCCAGAAUCGGUGCCUGAAGUAGCAAUUGACACGUCGAAGAUCGCAACGCUGGACGAUGUACUGCAAUGGUCGGCGGAGCCAGCACCGGAGGAGGCGGAGGCGGACGGAGUAGACGAGCACGAGGAGGAGUUCCUGUCAAAACUGCUUAAUAAAACGAAGACAGAUAGGCCUGAAAGGUUCGAGGACGACGACGAGGAACGAGAACGCUAUUUCAGCGACGACGAAUAUGAUCCUUUGAAGGUGUCGAUGGGCUCAGAAUACACAGAACUGCUGGCCAAAAUUAAGAGCAAGAGGGAGCUUCCGAGAGUAGAUCACACGAAGAUAGAAUACAUGCCCUUUAAGAAGAACUUCUACGUGCAGGUCUCGUCGAUCACGAACAUGAGUGAGCACGAAGUGGACGCGUUCAGAAAGGCGAACGGAAGCAUACGCGUCUACGGGAAGAAGUGCCCGCGGCCAAUAUCGAGCUUCUCGCAGUGCGGCCUCCCGGACCCGAUUCUGUCGAUUCUGCAGAGGCGUGACUACGAAAAGCCGUUCCCGAUUCAAAUGCAGUGCAUCCCUGCGCUGAUGUGCGGAAGAGAUGUGAUAGGCAUAGCGGAGACAGGAUCAGGGAAGACGUUGGCGUUCCUGUUGCCGGCGAUUCGGCACGCGCUGGACCAGCCAAAGCUGAGGGAGAAUGACGGAAUGAUAGUGCUGAUAAUAGCGCCGACGAGGGAGCUCAUCAUGCAAAUCUCGAAUGAAUGUAGCAAGCUCUCAAAGUCGGUGGGACUGAAGACGCUGUGCGUGUACGGAGGAGCAGGAAUAGGAGAGCAGCUGAACGCGCUGAAAAGAGGAGCGGAGAUAGUGUGCGGGACGCCAGGAAGACUGAUCGACGUCCUGACAAUAAGUAACGGCAAGGUCACAAACCUGAGGAGAGUGACCUUCCUGGUGCUGGACGAAGCAGACCGAAUGUUCGACAUGGGAUUCAGCCCGCAGAUAACAGCAAUCGUGGAAAACAUAAGGCCAGACAGGCAGACGGCGCUGUUUUCAGCGACGUUCCCAACGUCAAUAGAAAAUCUGGCGAAGAAGAUACUGAGUAAGCCGCUGCAAAUCAUCGUGGGACAGAGAGGAAAGAGCGCAUCGCAAGUGGACCAGCACGUGCUGGUGAUCAACGAGGACAAGAAGCUGCACAAGCUGCUUAAGCUGCUGGGAGAGUGGCACGAGCACGGAAGCAUCAUCAUAUUCGUCAACAGACAGCUGGACGCAGACAACCUCUUCACAGACCUGCUGGUCUACGGAUACGAGUGCGCAGUGCUGCACGGAGGACAGGACCAGACAGAUAGAGAGUUCACGCUCCACGACUUCAGAGAGGGGAAGAAGACAAUACUAAUCGCAACGUCAAUAGCAGCACGAGGGAUCGACGUGAAGUCUGUGGUGCUGGUCAUCAACUACGCAGCUCCAGACCACUUCGAGGACUACGUGCACAGAGUAGGGAGGACGGGCAGAGCAGGGACGAUAGGAACGAGCUACACGUUUCUGACGCCCGAAGAGGCGCCGAAGUCGCACGACAUCAUCAAGGCCCUGAGGCUGGCGAGUCAGGAGGUGCCGAAGGAGCUGCUUCAGAUAUCGCAGGCGCACCUGGCGACGAUGGACGGAAAGGUGAAGUUCCGAGGAGGGUUUGGCGGCAAGGGCUUCAAGUUCAACGAGACGGAAAAGUCGCGCCAGCAGCAAGAGCGAAGAAACGCAAUCAAACUGAUGGUUAUUCAACGACAAACUAUGAUACAGGCAACUAGAUAUUGCCUAAUUGAAGACAGCGAUAAGGAGGAGGAGACUGAAGAGGAGGAAGCAGAAGCAAGUGUUCCACAAAAGGCAAUUGCGGCACUGCAAACAGCAAAGGAACUGGCGAAGCAGUUUGAGAAGACGCCAAUAAAUCAGCCGACGCCUAUGAUCAAGGGGCUGUCGUGCGCAGGGUACAUCGACGCGACCACAGGAAAUACGAUCGACGAGUUCGACAUCAACAACUACCCGGACUCGGUGAGAGUGAAGAUAACGAACAGAGAAGUGCUCUCGAGAGUGGCGGAAAACACGAACGUUAGCCUGCAGGUGAAGGGCUGCUACAUCCCAGCAGACCCCUCCACGAGGAACCUUGCGCUCAUGGCAGGGUCCAAGGGGCUGUACAUUGAAAUCGUAGGACCAUCUGUAAUCUCGGUACAAAGAGCAGUAGGUGAACUGAAGAUGAUUGUACAGUCGACGAUGGCGCCGCAGCCCACGCAACCGGGCACGAAAAUGACCGGACGCUACUCAGUUAUUGUGAGUUUGGGUAUGGAUGUGUACGAGUCUGAUCACGACCUCAAACACAUCCCCGUAGUUCCACAACUAAUAUCCCUGGGUCUCAACCAUUCGCUCUGUAUAUCGAGGACGAAGGUGACAAACCCUCCGUCUAGCUCGAGGAGGACGAAGGACGGAGCCAAACACACAGUUUCGCACUUGAAUGUGUAUUCCUGGGGGAAAGUGCCCUUUAACUGCCUAGGUCAGGGCGUGGACGUGAGCACUUCCGAGUAUCCGAAGAUAAUACCCUUCUUCAGCGGCAGGAAAAUAGCCCAGGUGGCCUGCGGAGACUACCACUCGGCAGUGCUGGUGAGCUCCUCGAAGCAGCACCCGAACGCCGGCACCGUUUUCACGUUCGGGCUGGGAAACUCGGGAAGGCUGGGCUACCACAUCGACACAAAUUCAGACGUACUAUCGCAGCAAAUAGGCACCGAGGAUAAGGAUGAGCCUUCCUGGUGCACGCACACCCCGCAGCCGGUUGGGCUCUCAAUUGGACUCAGGAACGCAAUCGUUUCAAUAGCGUGCGGCGCUAACCACACGCUUGUGACAACUGUCGACGGGUGUGUGUAUUCUUGGGGAAUGGGAGCGUAUGGAGUGCUGGGAACGGGGAGCGUCGCCAACAGAUACAACCCAGUGAAAGUCGUGUUCCCCUCGGACAACAUAUUCAUUUCCAAGUGCUGCGCAGGCUCGAGACACUCAAUGGCCCUGGACAAGGAGGGGAACGUGUGGUCUUGGGGCUACGGAGGAAAUGGGAGGCUAGGGCUCGGGAGCACGAGAAACUACUACACGCCUAACCUCAUAAGGAUCUUUGACACGUAUGAAGUGUUUCAAAUAUCAUGCGGAGACUCGCACAGCGCGUGCUUGGACAGGUUCGGAACAGUGUACACCUGGGGGUGUUGCCGAGGAGGGAAGCUAGGGCUGGGAAAGAUAGUUUCGGACGUGCUGGAGCCGGCAGUGGUUGAAUCUCUCAAGGGAACGCACAUAAUACAGAUUGCUUGCGGCACUGGGAAUACUCUUGCGCUAUCCGCAUCAGGGAAAAUAUACCAAUGGGGGUGUACAUUAGGGUUUAACAAGCAGUCUGAGGGGCUAAUUUCAAACAUAGAUUAUGUGCCGCAACCUGUCCCAGACACGGGGUUCAAGAACGUGUUCAUAGCCGCAGGGCCUUACAGCUGCGCAGCAAUAAACAUUUUCGGAGAUCUUCUAACUUGGGGGCUGGGAACGGGGUAUCGGCUGGGCCACGGAGACUCGAAGGACCACGUGGCUCCGAAGUUUGUAUCGCACCUGAGAACUAGAAUAUACAUUGACACACUGCUGAAGGUAUACGACGAGACUCCGAUGGAGUUGCAAGAUAAUGUCAAGGCCGGCGCAACUAACGCGCACGACGAGAAGAGAAUACAGCAGAUCGCAGUGGGAGACGGCCACGGAGUGCUGCUCACGUGCAAUGGCACAGUGUACACUUGGGGAGUGAACAACGGCACAGGCUACAACAGCACAAAGGACCAGAUAGAGAGUUACUCGGAGCCGAUGCUGUUUAACCACUUUUCCUCGAAAAUCUCUAAAAUCGCAUGUGGGUCGAACCACAGUUUAGCAAUAACGGUAAAUGGGCUCCUGUUCACCUGGGGAUGCAACGAUAAUGGACAGCUAGGGCAGGGUGACCUGAGAUCGCGAGUGAUACCGGACCACGUGCCUUACAUUGAGAACUGCAUAAACGUCUUCGCAGGAGUCGACAACAGCGGAUGCAUAUGCUCCUCGAACCACGAGGACUUCAUGAAGGACGAUUACGGGACGCUGUGGGUGUUCGGGUCCUCCAGCUGCGGUAAGCUGGGCCUGGGCGAGGCGCUGACGUCGACUGUGAUGACGCCGAGGGAAAUCACAACAGUAACAGGAGUGUACAAGCUGGCUCUAGGUACUAUGCAUUCAGUAGUUCUUACUCACGAGGGGUCGCUGUACUCCGCGGGCGCUGGAACGGGAGGGAGGCUGGGAACCGGAGACACCAGCAACUAUUUCGUGUUCACUCCGGUCAAAACGGAAGUUAAGUUCGUCGACGUCUGCGCCGGGUCCUCGCACAGCCUGGCGAUUUCUGUGGAUAACGAGCUGUACGGCUGGGGAGAAGGGAAGUACAUUUGUUCGGACGAGAAGCAUGUUCUUGAGCCAACGCUGAUGGAAGUGAUACCAUCUCCCACGGGAGAGGCAAAGGUGAUAUCGGCGGUGGCGGCAGGGAACCAUUCGCUGGUGCUCACAAAUAGCGGAUACGUAGCUGCAUUUGGAAAUAACACCUAUGGACAGCUCGGAGUGCAGCUGAGCAUCAAGAGCUCGGCAAACAACUUCAUAAAGAUGCCGUCCACAGUAAACCUCGACGCAAACGUGACGUGCAUAGCCACCUCGAGAUACUUUUCAUCCUGUUCAACCCUGAAGGGGGACGCCUAUUCUUGGGGAUUGUCGUCAGACGAUAGGCUUGGAGUAGGAUUUACGAACAACAAGGUUGUAUACGCGCCCACAACGAUCGUCAACACGAGCAUGAUCGGGGACAUGAUGGACCAGUUUGAGCUUGAUUCGUACAAGUAUACCUCCAUGAGCGGAUAUGAGAAUUUGAUAAACUAUUUUCUUGAUGAGCUGCACUAUUCAACGGACCCGCAGAGCGUGAACUGGAGUAACUUGCAGAUAAUCUUGAAAAACGAGGAGAGAAUGACAAGUGAAGUGUCAAUAAGGACCUUCGAGGACGACCUGAUCAAGUGCCUUAAGACCCACGUGGAUUUCAUACUGAACAUGAGCGAGAGUUACACGAGGCUGAAGGCGCUCCAGUUCAAACUUAUGUCGAUGGUGAAGGACUUCUGCUCGCUGCUGGGGAGCAAAAACAAGGAGAUCGUCUACUCGAAGAACCUGCUCGGGCCCUUCAAGUCGAAAAUGUCGCAAAUAGAGAAGCUGGUGGAAAUACUGUUCUUGCAGCCUGCGUAUUUCAUGAGAUUGGCACUGUUCUCUUCGAACGUUGACAUGGUGGCGAAGGUGUACCACGACCUAUGCAUUCCACGAGUGCACAACCAGUUUUUUGCGCUGCUGAGGUCGCUUUUGAGGGAGGAGAUACAGCUGUUCUUUAAGCCUUCGAACCCACUGAACGCAUCGUUCUCGCCGUUCGCAAGGAUCCUGAAGAGUUACGCCUUUAUGAAGUACCUCGCAGUGGAGAACGCGCACCUGUUUCUAUCAGUUCACAACAAGGACUCGGUUGUAUCGCAUUUCGCACAGACGGGGCACAAUUUGCUCAUCCCGGAUGAAAACUUUGACCCCAAGGAAACGAAGAAGUUUAGGGAGGGCAUGAGCCACUUCGGGUCGUUCAUAAUAUUCCUGAGCUCAGUGUUGUCGAACAUGGUGGUCCACAAGAACAUUCGCCUCCUGCUCAUUCAGAUGCACAGGAUGGUCAAGGACAAGAUACCGAUAGAGUGGGCGUCGCCAAGCGUCCCCCUGGAGUACCUGUCAAUAUUCCCGCUGAUUCCGGUCUUCGUGUACGCAGUAAUCCAGCCGUUCUUUAAGCAGCCGAAUGAAAUCGCGGAGUUGUGUGACCUUCCAGCGAUAACGGACGAGGGCCUGCUAAAGAACCUGUCUGUAGUUUCCGAAUACUUCGAGUACAUCGUGAACCCGAAGCUGUCUAUGCCGCCGAUGCCUAAGCAGCUGACUUCCAUCGCCCAGAGCAUGUACAGCAACCUUUCGAAGCUGUUUCUGGAGUACAUAAAGUCGAUUCUGCACGCCGAGGACAACUUCUACAUCGACAUCACGAUGGACACCUUCAAGAGCCACUUUGACACUGAGUACCUGGACGUGAACAUCGAGGCGCACGUGCUCGCGCAGCUGGUGAACCUGUGUCACCUGUCGCAGCACUACCUCAACCUCUCGGCGCACGACCCCCUGGUUAGGCUCGUCUCAGGGAUCUCUGGCACCAAGAAGAUAUCCGCGAACGAUCUGGUGUACAGCGAGGACUUCGUGUCGCAGCUUGAGGCGAGCAAGUACACCGUGAACAUAAAGGUGGACCACAGGUUCAUGGUCCACGACAAGAACAUGUCCUUCUGCACGUACUCGAACACCUUCGUGCCACAGCGGCUCGCUUACAGGCAGAGCACGUACUCCGAGGACUGCAUCAAGUACAUAUCGCUGAUCGUCAGGUACUCGCCCAUGGGCAAGUUCGACCCCCGGAAGGUCCUGCAAAACGCCCUCGUCUCCCUGGACGACCUCGAGGUCAAGUACGGCACCUACGACGACCUGAUAGACGAAAUGCACCUGAAGUCGAAGUACUUCUCAAGCCUGAAAAACCCUGACUUCAAGAGCGCCGAGGUGGCCAAGGAAGCCUUCGAGGUCCUUCAGAAGCUCAAGAGCCAGAACACGACGCCCAGGGCCCUCGUCAAGAGCCUGCUUGAGAAGCUGCUCGAGCGGGUGCGGCACCGGAGGUACCUGCUCUACAUCUACCAGCACCAGAACGAGAUUGAGCAGUGCCGGCGCAGCUUCGAGGCCUCCGUCGCCUACCGGAUCCAGUACCUCACCGAGUGCAUAAACUCCGUGGUCUACGACUACGCCGAGCCCUGCAUCAAAAAGGCCUCGAUAAAGCACAACGUCACGUUGUUCUCGCCCAGCGCCAAGAAGGUCGUGGAGCGCAAGAAGAAAGAGUCCUCGUUCCGCGAGCACGGGUGCCUCGAGCUGUACCGAAACGGGAUUCUAAUUCCUGACGACACCGUCACGACCCACAUGUUCAACCGGCUCAGGAUGUUCUUCUCCGCCAACAUUGACACUGGCUGCUUUAUCACCCUCAGUGGCGUCGACCCUUCCUCCAGCAACCAGGAGUACAUGUUUCUCAGCUUCGAGCUGCUGCAGAGGCUCGUCGACUCUUCCAACAGUGGCUACCACCCCGUCUUCGUCAGCGGCGCCUACCCCUUCGGGAUGUUUCUCAUAAAGGCUUCUUUUCUCGUUGACACUUUCAUGUCUCUUUUAAGAAACUACUGA